ACUGUCGCCGGCGGCCGAUUCCUCCAGCCGUGUCCCGUGCGGGCGCUGGAGCGCGGGCCCCGCGCAGAGCCACGUUUACAAGCACAGCGGGCGUGGGUAAAACUGCCCUUUGGCUUGGCAGAAGGCCCCAGCAUGGCUGACAGGAGCGUUACCCGGCGGAAUCUGACCCCGCGCCACAGCCGGAGACAGGACAGCCAAAGCUCGGUCAAAGAGAACAAGGAGAGGGAGAAGCUGAAAGAGAAAGAGAAGGAAGCCAAGGAGAGGGAGACGAGGAUCAGCAAUGGCCAUCACUUCAACUCCAUCACGGUCUCGGGCAACACCUUGUGCUACGCCUGCAACAAGAGCAUCAUCACCAAGGAGGCCUUCAUCUGCCCCAAUUGCAAUGUCACCAUUCACAAAACCUGCAAGGACACUCUCUCAUCCUGUACCAAGGUCAAACAGAAGCAGCUGAAGGCAGCCCAGGUGAAGAAUAACUCAGCUUUACAGAACGUCUCCAUGAGGCAUAAAGUCCCGCUGGGUCGCGAGCGGCCGAAUUCUGCCAUCUACCCGUCAGACAGCUUCCGCCAGUCACCGCUUUUCUCGCAGCUGGGAACUCGCCGGGGACGGUCUGCCUUCCAGUCGCUGUCCAAGAGCGUCUCGACCAACAACAUCGGGAAUCUGAACGACGACACGCCACUCGGAAUCCGGAGAAUCCUGUCUCAAUCCACAGACUCACUCAACAUGAGGAACCGCACACUCUCAAUAGAGUCUCUUAUUGACGAAGGAGCGGAGGUCAUUUACCAGCAGCUGAUGGGCGACCUGGAGGUGGACGAGAGAUAUUUUGAGGCCGACUCUUGGAGUCUCGCUGUCGAUACCAGCUUCCUGCAACAGCACAAGAAGGACGUGAUGAAGCGGCAGGAUGUGAUCUACGAGCUAAUCCAGACGGAGGUGCACCACAUGCGGACCCUGAAGAUUAUGUCUGAUAUAUUCCGGAAGGGAAUGUUAGAGGAGUUACAGAUGGAUCGCUGCAUAGCCGACACCAUGUUCCCCGCUCUCGAUGACCUGAUUGAAUCCCAUGUCCAGUUUCUAUCCCGACUCCUCGAACGUCGCAAGGAGUCACUUGUCUCGGGAAGCGACAAGAACUUUGUUAUCAACCGGAUCGGCGACAUCCUGGUCAGCCAGUUCUCGGGUCAGUGUGCGGACCUGAUGAAGAGAGCCUACGCUGAGUUCUGCAGCCGACAUACCAAAGCCGUGAAGCAGUACAAGGAGCUCUUUACACGGGACAAGCGAUUCCAGCAGUUUGUGCGGAGAAUGACACGAAGUUCUGUUCUGAGGAGACACGGGAUCCAGGAGUGCAUCUUACUGGUUACACAGAGAAUCACCAAGUACCCUGUGCUCAUUGAUCGCAUUCUGCAAAACACCAAAGGGAAUGAGGAAGAUCGCAGAGACUUGAGCACUUCUCUGAGCUUGGUGAAGGAACUGAUUUCUUCAGUGGAUCAGGAGGUUCACGAGUGUGAGAAGAGGUUCCGUCUACAGGACAUCUAUAACCGGAUGGACACAAAGGCCGUGGCCGCCAUGCGUAGUGGACGGCAGUUUCGCAGAGAGGACCUGAUUCGCCGGAAGCUGGUCCACGAUGGCUUCCUCCUGUGGAAGACCGCAGCAGGCCGCUUCAAAGACAUUCAGGUUCUGCUCCUCACGGAUGUACUGAUCUUCCUGCAGGAAAAAGACCAGCGCUACAGCUUCCCCGUGCUGGAGAACAAGCCGGCCGUGAUCCCGCUCCACAAACUCAUUGUCCGGGACAUCGCCAACCAGGAGAAGGGGAUGUUCCUCAUCAGCACUGUGGCCCAGGCUCCUGAGAUGUAUGAGAUCCACACAGCUUCCAAGGACGAGAGGAACACCUGGAUCAAAGUCAUCCAGCAGGCGGUCAAUGUGUGCCCUGAGAUGGAUGAUUUCUCAAUGGAGAUUGAAACGAAGGAAAUCCUGAAAGAGUUGUCAGAUGAGAUCCAGCAGAGGGAUCGGAGUAUCACUGAGCUGCUGGAGCAGAGGGCCAGCCUCUUCCUACAGAUUCUGCAGCUGAAGGCCUGUGAGGAGCUAGCUCCAGAGUUCAGCAGCCGGAAGCUCUUCCGUUCGGAAGCCAGCGAGUGCCCCAGGGGGGAGAAGCUCAUGAACGAUGCCAUGAAAGAAGUUCAAACGCUGUCGGAGCUGAUGAUUGAUGUCUGUGGGACCACGGGGCAGCCCGUGUCCAACUCCAACGUGGACCAAACCCCGGAGAACCCGGCACCAGGAGGGACCGAGAACAUGGGCGGACCAGCCUGUGGCAACACAAAUGAUGAGCAGCCUAAUGUGAAUGGGACCAGUGAAGUCUGCAGGACAGAUUUACUCACUAUCAGUGGACAGGACCGAAAUGGAAACCAACUCCAAAUGAGGUCACACAACGAGGAGGUGCUGCUCAGACUUUCCCGACUCUCUGCUCUGCUGCAUGGUCUCCAGGCUCUCGUCGUCAAGCAGGACUCAGUCCUGGAGCUCCAGCGACAGCAGCUAGGGGAGCAGAAGGAGCGGCUGAAUCGCCAGAACUCGAGAGAGAGCCCGCUGGUGGAGCAGGAGAGGCUUCGGAGUAUGGAGAAGCAGCGGGAGGAGCUGGUGGGCCUGAGGAGGCAACACGGCCUGCUGCAGGAGGAGUUCCAGCGCUGCCGCAAGGCCUGUGAGGAGAAGGCCCAGGAGCUGCGGAGCCUGGAGGCCCGCCUCCAGGAGUCGGAGCAGAGCCGCGUGGAGCUGCAGAGGGAGAUGGAGGAGUGGAGGCAGGAGGCCCCGGUCCCGGCCCUGUCCGAGGGCCAGCGGAGGAAGAAGAAGUCCCACUCCAGGCAGUUCAGCCUGCCCUCUGCCCAGUUCUCAGGCCUCAACGCCAACGCCCUACAGAGGCGGCGGAGCGCGGACGAGAGCUGCCUGUGGGCGGCCUUGAGCUGCGAGGGGUGGCCGGAGCCGGGCCCCUGGCCGCCGUGGCGGGGCCAGCCCGAGGGCUCGAGCGCCCUGCCCUGCCUGGCGGGGCCGGAAACCCCGGCGCCAACCGACCCCGAGGAGGCGGAGCCAGAGGGCGGCCCGCGCCUGCGCCAGGCGGGCCCGCUCGAGGAGGAGGAGGAGUCUGAGGGCGAGAGUCCGCCUCCCUCCACCGCCCAGGAGCCGGCAGACCUCGAGCAGCUGCAGAACAUUCCGGAAAGUUACGGCUCCGGCCAGCCCGCCCCCGGAGAGGGAAACCCCGUCAUCGACCAGCUCGAAGAAGAGGACGAUGACUUGUAUUACUGAACUCUGACCCCUCCUCACCCCCCCACCCCCCGCACACACACACACACACACACACACACACACACACUUGAUGCUCCAGUUAAGGGGACCCCUCCUGCUCAGCAGCAACCCCUGUGUGAGUGAGUGUGUGUGUGUGUGUCCCAGCUGUAUCUGUGCAAUGUCCUCCAAUCACUGACCCGCUUUAUUUAAGUGUCUCCAGGGUAAAGGAAUGUCUCCAUACUGGAUUUUCACAAAAGCUUCAUCUCUCCUCUCCAGCCUUUGGCACGAGGGCGAUAUUUAAGAGAUUGAAUCCGCGUGGUGUUUUGUUCUGAGGUUCCCUGCAGUGCAGGGUCAUGUGCCACUGGUCACCUCCCCCCCCCACCUCACCCCACCUCACAAGAGGAGACCCAGUCGGACCCCCAGCAUGUGCCAGUCCACGUACAGGGCAGAGCUCGUUCACAUGACCAAUUCCCCAUGACGUUGCGACCAGGACCAAGUGGAGUGGAAGGUUGUGGGAGGGUCGUUGGGGCGGGGUGGGGGAAUGGGUGUUGGUGGCUGGUGGUUAGAGAAUGGUGGGGGGUUUGGGAAGAGGGUCAUUAAACCCAAGCGUAUGGGUUGAACCCACCCCUCCUCCUCCCACCUCUCCCCCCCCCCCCAAUUCUACAGCCAAACCUCCUGCCCUUCCCCCGUAUGAAUUCCCUUCCCCUAUUUAUAAUAGAAUUUUCAUAUGUAAACCAUCAUGCUGCAGUUCCACUGCCUUACCACUGGGUGGGCGCUGCAGCGCCACUUGUGGCAGGAGGCUGGAAUGACAGCGUGACGCUUUGACGUGCCGGGACCUCCCCCAACUACCUCCCUCCCCCCCCACCCCUCCCCCCCCCCCACCUUUGACGAGCGUGGGCGUGGAUCUUUGUACCGGGCAGGGGUCAGAUUUCCCUAACGCGUCCUGAAUGAUUCUUCUUUCACUGAACACCAAAGAGCAGAGGGUGGGUUGGAAGUGGGGGGAGGGGAGGGGAAGGGGGGGGGGUAGUUGGUUAGGGUUUGGCGUGCGAGGUGUGGUGGGGGGGGGUUUGCGGUGUGGGGACAGUUGCGGGUGAGAAUGGCAGGUGGGUGGACCGGGCACUAAGUCCCGAGGAUGCAGCGGGGUGGGAGAAGAGGAGCAGGAGAAGGGCCUUCCUUCCCGGAGAGCUGGGCGGAGGUUCCUCUUGCACUCGACAGUCCCUCUCGGGCGUAGAGCAAGGGGUUGCGGGGGGGGGGGUGUGGGCACAGAGGUGUGGCCAGUUUCUGGCGAACGUGAAUGUAAAUCGCAAGACUCGGAACGUCAGCACACAAGCUGGAAAGAGGGAGGGAGGAGAGGGAGAACAAUGGUCCAUGCACAGCACACCUGCCUUUAGCCCAUCAAGCCAAGACAGGCGUUGCUGACCCUCUAACCUCAGGGGUCAGUCCGAUAGGGUCAGGCAGCCGUCUGUCUGUUUUCAAAGAGAAACACACUCAACUGUUUUAUUUUUUUGUGUAUUUUUUUUUAAAGAGAGAGAGAGUGUGAAGAAAUAUUAUCAAAGCUGGUUUCUUUUGGAUUGUAACACAUCAUUCGUCAAAAUUGCUGUAAAAUUUGAGGAUCCAAAACAAAAAAAAAUAAAUAAACGAGAAAGGAACCCCGCAGCCGACACGACGGAUGGGGGGAACGUCCUGCUCUCUUCCCUGA